UCUUCAUGCUGGACUGACUGUCUUAUUUGAAGGCUGCGUAUACAUUGACAAAAGCUUCUUUUUCCCCCGCUCUCUCCCGGAGGGCUUUAUUGCAAUUAUUACCAAGCAUGCACAGAAGCACAUUUCCACAAAGUGAGAAAAUGGAUGCUAGUAUGUACCAGGUAUCUGCCGAGCUCCAGCCCGCCAACGCCAGCUGCAAUGUGUCGUCGCCGUGCCUGGAGUUGCCCACAUUCAGCACCGCCGCCAAAGUCCGGGUGAUUGUCACCUUCAUCUUGUGCGGCGCGUCGGCGUUCUGCAACCUUGCCGUGCUUCGUGCGGCCUACGCGGACAGCAAGCGCAAAUCACAUGUCCGCGUACUGAUCAUCAACCUGACACUGGCCGACCUCCUGGUGACGUUCGUGGUGAUGCCCGUGGAUGCGGCGUGGAACAUCACGGUGCAGUGGCUGGCUGGCGACUUCACCUGCCGCCUCCUGAUGUUCCUCAAGCUCCUGGCUAUGUACUCAGGCGCCUUCGUCACCGUGGUGAUCAGUCUGGACCGCCAGUCGGCCAUUCUCCAUCCGCUGGCCAUCAACGAGGCCCGGAAGAGGAACGGGUUCAUGCUGGCGGUGGCGUGGACCAUGAGUGUUUUGCUGUCAAUCCCUCAGAUGUUCCUGUUCCACAACGUGACCAUCAAGUAUCCCAAGGACUUCACGCAGUGCACCACACGAGGAAGUUUUGGGAGACAUUGGCAUGAGACGGCAUACAACAUGUUCACCUUCUUCUGCCUGUUCUUGCUGCCCCUGGCCAUCAUGAUCACAUGCUACACCAGGAUCUUCUUCGAGAUCUCCAAGCGCCUGAAAAAGGACAAUGUUUCUUCCACUGAGGUACAUUUGCGCUGCUCCAAGAAUAACAUCCCCAGAGCUCGCAUGAGGACUCUAAAAAUGAGCGUCGUGAUCGUGUUGUCCUUCAUCAUCUGCUGGACUCCCUACUACCUGCUGGGGCUCUGGUACUGGUUCUUCCCCGAUGACCUGGAAGGGAAGGUCUCCCACUCACUCACCCAUCUCCUGUUCAUCUUCGGCCUGGUCAACGCCUGCCUUGACCCGCUCAUUUAUGGCCUCUUCACCAUCCGCUUCCGCAGGUUCCACCGCAGCUCGCGAGCUACCAGGGACACGGACGCCAACACGGUUAUAACCGGAUCUUCUUUUGCUAGCGUUGACAAUGCCGUUCUGCUAAAACGGAAGGCCAGUCCCGGUAGGCACGAGAGGUCCCCAAUGUGCGGUGAUAAUGACAACGGGCUGCCAGGAAGCUGCUCUCAGACAACAUGCAACAUUGCACAGAGAUCUGUACAUGGAGAACCGGAGAACAUCAUCUGAAGGGAAUACAGAUGGAACACUUUGGUUGCAUGGCAUUAUGUAUUUGUGUUUUCACACCAAAAAUUCACAUAUAUGCUGUAGUGACUAAUGUAACACACAAAGCAAAGCCCAUAAAGACAUGUUUGGUUGACUUUAGUGUAGAAGAAGCCCA